AUGGAAAAUUCUGGUCAUAGACUUAGUAUAUCACAGGUAUAUCAACUAGCUCACGAAUACCGAGACCAUGCAUACUCUGUUGCAAGCAAGAUCAGUUCCGAAGAGGAGCUGAAGCAGUAUUACACCCUGAUAAAUAUGUCUAUCCGGAUGUUUCAAAUGAUGAAGGGAAAAUGCACGCUCUCCGUCGUGGAGGAUAGCAAGAUCACGUUUGAGAUGGUGGAGUUACUAAUACAUGAGACGCAUAACUUCGAUUUAGCCGAGUUGUACAUUUCAAGUUUGAAGGAACGGUUGCAAACGCACCAGAACAGCAUGUGUGUGGUGGAAGAGGUCAUGCAUUGCGAGUUUUUAUUAGUACACGAUCUACCAUUGAUGAGAGAUACGAAGUUCCAUUACAAGAUUGCGCUAAGAAACUGUAAUGAGUUAGUGCAGUACAUGACGAGUUUAAAGGACGAAGUCUACCAAAAUUGGGCAUUAGUAUUCCAGUAUGUUGGGGUGGCACUUUGUAUCAAACUGAAACAGCACCGUAGGGUGAAAACGAGUUUCGCUGGGUUGCUCUCGCAAUGCGGGGAUAAGUCACAAUGGAAGUGGUUCCUGAACUUGUGCUACGUGAACUACUUACUGAACGAGAGAUUCCCCAUCCCUGAAGCUGCAAUUGAAGAGUUGAGAAGCACGGAGUUGGACACGGUGGGACCCAGGCUAUAUGCAUGGAAGUUGGCGUUGAACAUGGUGAUCCAAGUUUACAAAGACGGGAACAUUACAGAGCAUCUGAACGAGUUCAAGAGAUUUUUCGAUGUGAACAAGCAGUCGUUGGUCAAUGAUGAAGACAAAGGGUGCAUGAUCAGUAUUGCACCUGGGGUGACGUUGAAAGUGGACCUGCCAAUAAUUUUCCACUACAAGGAACUGAAAAAUAUUCUGUUGUUACUGCAAAGCGUAAGCUACAUCGUGAACUGCUACGACGGGAAGGGGAACUUCUCGAGGAAGUUUCUGCCCAAAGUGCAUUCCACGACGCAGAAGCUGAUGAAGACUAUCGGGACAGGCGGCGUGUCGAUGAACGAGCUGGACUCACGGGUCCAAACGUACAAGAGCAUUCUUGAUUUCUGCGACUUUUACAAAGUGUGGGAGGAAAUACUGCUGAAUGGCGCCGUGGUUGAGGCGGCGGCGGCGUCGUCGUCGUCGUCGUCGUCGUCGUCAAAUCUGGGACCCUCUCCGGCAUACACAAAGUUACUACAAGCGAUGCAGGUCCAAUUUCAAGGCGGGGGGGGUGUGGAGGAGUACACGCGCCUGGCGCAGUCUGGUGGCACGUCGAGCGAAGUAAAGAUGAUAUCGCUGCUAAAUUGCUACACCGUGCAAGCGGCGAAGGUGAGCCGGUGUCCGGGAGACAAGCAGGCCCAGCUCGUGGAGCAGUGCAACAAGGUGUGGCAGCAGGUGGAGAGGCUGCUGCGGGAGACAGACCUGCAGUUCAACCCGAUAUGGGAGUGCACGGUGACGAUUCUGUGGCUGUUCAGCCACUUCGAGCCCUUCAGUUGGAACCCGCUGCCGUGCAGCGACAAGGAGCGGGCCGAGUACAUGUCGAAGCUUCGCGAGUUCUACUCGAGCAACAAGUUUGCCAGUGGCGGUGGUGCCGUGGACGAGCGGUUCAAGCUCAAGAAGGCGUUGCUGCUGCAGGUGCUGGUGAACUACCUGGGCGGGCGGAUGCUCGAACACGACCUGGAGGAGAUCCGCGGGAUCUCCGGCAAGUGCUUUGACAUGUGCCGGCACCAGGGCGGGAUGGACAAAGUGCAGUACGUAGUCGGGAUAUGGCAUCUCAUGAACUGCACGGUGGGCAUGCGGGGCAAAGACGUUGCCCUCACGAACGCGAAGCUGGAGGCGCUGGUGAAGCAAAUCACCAGUGGCGAGCAAAGUAAGGCCAAAAAAUAA